AUGAAUUUUGAACCGGCACCUUUCACCACCUUGCAGUACUACCCCGAUCCCUGCAUCCAGCGGUUUGUAGAAACUCCGAGCCACUUCUCCUGGAAGGAGAGUUACUACCGAUCAGCCAUGUCCCAGAGCUCACAGCCCAGGGAAUUCCUCAGCCCAGAGGUGCUCCAGCAUAUCUGGGACUUCCUGGAACAGCCAAUAUGCUCGGUUCAGCCAAUCGAUCUGAACUUCAUCGAUGGCCCAUCUGAAAAUGGCUCUACAAACAAAAUAGAGAUCAGCAUGGACUGUGUCCGAGUGCAGGAUACGGAGCUGAAUGACCCAAUGUGGCCGCAGUACACAAACCUGGGGCUCCUGAACAGCAUGGACCAGCAGAUCCAGAAUGGCUCUUCCUCCACCAGCCCCUACAACACGGAGCACGCGCAGAACAGCGUCACGGCCCCCUCGCCUUACGCCCAGCCCAGCUCGACUUUUGAUGCCCUCUCACCUUCCCCAGCCAUCCCUUCCAACACAGACUACCCAGGACCUCACAGCUUCGAUGUAUCAUUUCAACAGUCCAGCACGGCAAAGUCAGCAACAUGGACGUAUUCCACUGAACUGAAAAAGCUGUACUGCCAGAUCGCCAAGACAUGUCCCAUCCAGAUCAAAGUGAUGACCCCGCCGCCUCAGGGAGCCGUCAUCAGGGCUAUGCCUGUCUACAAGAAAGCUGAACAUGUCACUGAAGUGGUCAAACGCUGCCCGAACCACGAGCUGAGCCGGGAGUUCAACGAGGGGCAGAUUGCGCCUCCCAGCCACCUCAUCAGGGUGGAAGGGAACAGCCAUGCCCAGUAUGUAGAAGACCCCAUCACCGGGAGGCAGAGCGUGCUGGUCCCCUACGAGCCGCCCCAGGUUGGAACGGAGUUCACAACAGUCUUGUAUAACUUCAUGUGCAACAGUAGUUGCGUGGGAGGGAUGAACCGUCGCCCGAUCCUCAUUAUCGUGACACUGGAAACCAGAGAUGGGCAAGUCUUGGGCCGCCGGUGUUUCGAAGCCCGCAUUUGCGCUUGCCCAGGCAGAGAUCGCAAAGCAGACGAAGACAGCAUCCGCAAGCAGCAAGUCUCCGACAGCACAAAGAAUGGUGAUGGUACGAAGCGCCCUUUUCGACAAGGAACUCAUGGCAUACAGAUGACAUCUAUCAAAAAAAGACGUUCCCCAGAUGAUGAGCUCUUAUACUUGCCGGUGAGGGGACGGGAGACGUAUGAAAUGCUACUAAAGAUCAAAGAGUCCCUGGAACUAAUGCAGUACCUUCCUCAGCACACGAUUGAGACCUACCGGCAGCAACAGCAGCAGCAGCACCAGCACUUGCUCCAGAAGCAGACCUCCAUGCAGUCGCAGUCAUCCUACGGCUCCAGCUCUCCACCGCUCAGCAAAAUGAACAGCAUGAACAAGCUGCCUUCGGUCAGCCAGCUAAUUAACCCCCAGCAGCGCAAUGCCCUGACCCCAACCACCAUCCCCGACGGCAUGGGAACCAACAUUCCCAUGAUGGGCACCCACAUGGCCAUGACCGGUGACAUGAAUGGCCUCAGCCCCACGCAGGCGCUGCCUCCUCCCCUCUCCAUGCCUUCAACAUCCCACUGCACCCCCCCUCCUCCGUACCCCACAGACUGCAGCAUCGUCAGCUUCUUAGCGAGGUUGGGCUGCUCAUCCUGUGUGGAUUAUUUCACGACCCAGGGGCUGACCACCAUCUAUCAGAUUGAGCAUUACUCCAUGGAUGAUCUGGUGAGCCUCAAGAUCCCGGAGCAGUUCCGCCAUGCCAUCUGGAAGGGCAUCCUGGACCACCGGCAGCUCCAUGACUUCUCCUCCCCUCCCCACCUCCUGCGCACCCCCAGCGGCGCCUCCACCGUCAGCGUGGGCUCCAGCGAAACCCGGGGAGAGCGGGUCAUCGACGCGGUCCGCUUCACGCUCCGGCAGACCAUUUCCUUCCCGCCCCGUGACGAGUGGAACGACUUCAACUUCGACAUGGAUGCCCGGCGCAACAAACAGCAACGCAUCAAGGAGGAAGGGGAGUGAGCCCCGUGGACCCCACUCCACCCCGCCUCAGCCACAAACUGCUCAGCCCUUCAUUUGUCUUCCUUCUGCUUGGUACUGCACCCCUGGACGAAGGGCGGAGGGAACCUUCUUGCUCACUCAUGCUAGGUUAUGCCCUUGACGCUGUCUGGGUCAUACUCCUGGAUAGCAACCUCCACCCCAGCUCUUGCAAGGGGAAGAGCUGAGCGAAGGGGGAAGGCGGGUGGUAUUUCCUUGAAAGCCGUUGACCUUCUCUCGAAGGUGGUGUUCUUGUUUCAUGUUUUCCUUUGGGGAGAGGGCUUCUUUUCUUGACUUUUGAAUCCUCGCACACCUUGUGGGCAUCCUGACCUGCAAGCUUGUCUCUCUUAUCCAUCAAUCCCACUUUGAAAAGUGGGAAGGUUAAAAUAAAUUUUUUAAAA